AUGAAGAACAUGAAACCAUCACUUCUACUAUUCAUCUUCAUCUCGGUCUCACUCAAAGCACUCCCGAUCUCAAUCACUGGCAACAACGUUGACGCUUACCGCCGAUCGAUGAUAUUGCCGUCGAUCGCGGCUCCUCCACCGCUCCACCGUGGAGAACUGCAAUGGAUUGGAGACGUCGCCGCCCGUUCGGACUACUCUCCAAUUGGGAAAACUCACUCCUCUAUCACUACACUGGCAAGUAGUUCAUCUCCCGGCGUCCCUGGCACGGCCCCAUACCUCACAGCUCGCCUCUCCCGCUCUGAGUUCGCCUACACGUUCCGUGUCACCAUUUCUCCAACAUACCCCAACUUCCGCCGUGCCGAUUCCUUCUUCUCAGUCGAGGCCGCUGGCUACACCCUGCUCCGCAACUUCAGCGCUUCCCUCUUUGCUGAUUACACCCGCUCUGCGAGCUUCUUCUCUAAAGAGUUCUGCUUAAGUGUCGGAGAGGACCAGAUAUUGAACAUAACGUUCACUCCCACUCCUGACAAUUCAGACACGUAUGCUUUCGUGAAUGGAAUCGAAGUCGUUUCCAUGCCCGAACAUCUCUACUACAACACUUUCAUCGACUCAAACGAGGGAAUCGGGGUGGUAGGGCUACCGUCGCCACACACCUUGGGUACUGCUGAUGCUCUCGAAACGGUAAAGCGCUUGAACAUAGGAAGACGGUUUGUACGUCCAGCUGAAGACACGGGAAUGUACAGGACCUGGGAAGCAGAUGAAGACUACGUGACUUCCUCAGACAUCGGAAUUUUGCCAGUUAACACAACUAUCCAACUCAAUUACAGUGAGCAAGUGCCAAAUUACACGGCUCCAGAUGUAGUAUACACUGUUGCAAGGACCAUGGGAACGGACAAAAGAAUCAAUCUGAGCUACAACCUCACGUGGUCCGUCGAGGUGGAGACGAACUUCUAUUACUUCGUCCGGUUACACUUUUGCGAAUUCCAGAUAGAGAUAAAUGACCCCUUAGAUAGGGUUUUCAGGGUUUUCAUAGAUUUACAAUAUGCGGAUGUCAUUAAGUGUAGCAGGAAGGGCGUGCCUGUCUAUAGAGAUUUUGCAGUAGCCCUACAUCAUAGCCAAAAGAAAAGAACCAACCUCUCCGUCGCAUUGGGCGCGCUUCCAGAUCCUUACACUCUUUACUCUGAUGCCAUCUUGAAUGGCCUCGAGAUAUUCAAGAUCAACAAUCCUGACGGGAAUCUCGCAGGGCUGAACCCGGAUCAGGUCCCGAAUAAACUGCCAGGACCUCCAUCGGCAAGCAAGGCACCGUCGAGCCUCAGCAAAGCGGUAAAAAUUGCCACCAUUGCUGGUGGAACUUCGGGCUUCACCAUACUCUCUCUCCUGGCUUUCUUCCUUUACCGGCGACGAAACAGAGCGAAGGAUUCGACCUCGAGCGACGGCACCUCACGGUGGGGCCCAUUGUCCUACGCGACGACCAAGUCAACGAAGACCCAGGGGUCGUCGCGGCCAUCGGAUCUGUGCCGCCACUUCUCAUUAAAGGAGAUCAGAGCGGCCACGAACAACUUUGACAAAGGGUUUAUUAUCGGCGUGGGCGGGUUCGGCAACGUGUACAAGGGCUAUGUCCAUGGCGACGCCAACCCAGUAGCGAUCAAGCGGCUGAACCAGGGAUCGCAUCAGGGCCUUCAUGAGUUCAGGACCGAGAUUGAGAUGCUCUCGCAGCUUCGGCACCUCCACCUGGUCUCCCUGAUUGGGUUCUGCGAGGACGCGGGAGAGAUGAUCCUCGUGUACGACUACAUGGCACGCGGGACCCUCAGCGACCAUCUCUACAACACUGAUAAUCCCCCACUCCCCUGGAAGCAGCGGCUCGAGAUCUGCAUAGGCGCUGCGUGGGGACUCCACUACCUCCACAGCGGUGCGAAGCACACCAUCAUACAUCGCGACGUGAAGACGGCCAACAUCCUGCUCAACGAGAAGUGGGUUGCCAAGGUGUCCGACUUUGGGCUCUCGAAGGUCGGACCCACGAGCGAGUCUAAGACGCACGUUAGCACGGCCGUGAAGGGCACCUUCGGGUACCUGGACCCGGAGUACUACAGGCGCCAGCGGCUGACUGACAAGUCCGACGUCUAUUCCUUCGGUGUGGUGCUGUUCGAGGUGCUGUGUGCAAGGCCUGCCGUGAGCCGGAUGGCCCCGGUGGAGCAGAUUAGCCUGGCUGAGUGGGCCCAGAGUUGUUGUAAGAGCGGGUCCGUCGAGGAAAUGGUGGACCCGCACCUGAAGGGGGCUAUCGCCCUCGAGUGCCUCAACAAGUUCUGCGAGAUCGCUAUGAGCUGCUUACAGGACGAGGGGGCCAAGCGGCCAUCCAUGAACGACGUUGUGUGGGGCCUCAAUUUCGCACUGCAGCUACAGGUGAGCACAGAGCUGGAAGUGAAGGAUCAUGCGGGUGUGUCAGUGCAUGAUAGCGAUGGUAGCGACCAUGACGCAGCUUCGAUCAGAGGCAGCGGCAGCAACGAGGCGAUCAACACUAGUGAUAGCGAUAGUGGUCGUUGGAAGAGCAGUAGGGAAACUGCGACGUCGACCAGAGCCGGAAGCAACGAUGUUUGUGAUGAGACUAUGACUAGUUAUGACUAA